UGCUAAGUCGUUUCCUCUUAUAAUCUAAUUUUAACGAAUGUGACGAAUCUACUUUUGAUUCACCCCUAUAUACUUUUUCUUAACGUAUACGAGUAUCCGUCGUGUGUAUAACCAUACCUUACGUCACCUAAUCACAUCCUUCACAUUCUACAUAUCUUAUACAUCUUAUACAUCCACAUCUCAUCAUGCCCCCAAAGAGCAAUACACCCGUCGGUGGGAAGAAGGGGAUGCCCACUCCUGAAGACACACCCGGUAGAGAAGAGGAAGAGAAUGAGCAAACAGACGGAGAGCAGAACGAGGAAGCUCAAGACGAGGAACAGAACGAGGAUGGAGAAGAGGAACAGGAGGGAGAAGGAGAGGAAGAACAAGAAGGUACGGCACAGAAGGCUCAGGCAUCAGUAGCAGAAGAAAAUGAAGGGGAAGCCAGUGGCCAAGCUGGUGAAGCGGAGGCGGAAACUGGUGCCGAAGCCACUGCUGACGAAAACGAAGGCGGCGAAGAAGAAGCCCAAGAAGAGGAGCCCGAAAAACAAGUAGAAAGUGAAGAUACUGCUGUUCACGAUGAACCAGAGCCGGAACCCGAACCAGAAAAGAAAAAGAAGAAGCAUCGCCGUCGUAAGGUCAAGGAACCAGAGCCAGAAGAAGAGGAGGAAGAAGAAGAGGCUCCUGCUCGCAAACCCCGUCGUAAGAGACGUGAUCGUCCUCAAUUCCUCGAGGAUGGUGGAAAUGAUUAUAAGCAACAAAUGCAAAUGAUGCAACAACAACACGAACAGCAAAUGCAGAUGAUGCAAAUGCAGCAGCAACAACAAGGAGGUGCUGCUGCUAAAGAUCAAGGCAAACAACCUUUGAAGUUGAGAUUAGAUGUUAACCUCGAAAUUGAGAUCGAGUUGAAAGCCAAGAUUCAUGGUGAUUUGACAUUGGCAUUAUUGUACGUUUUUCUCCACUUUUCAUUCCCUUUUUCUUGCAUAUCUUUCAUAUAUAAAAUUCAGUCCUACCCAUUAUGUAAAUGUCGAGAACUAGUACCUCUCAAUGUCAGUUUACGAGCUCGGUCGAGCUGAUUAUUUUCAACAGGUCAUGAGCAGAAGGUUUAUCCAUUCUAACAUCAAUCGUGUUGCUUAGUUCUGGAUAGAGUGAAGAGCAUGUUUGAUAGAGGCGGUUCUAUUGCCAUCCCAAUUAUACGGAGAGCUUUUGGU